AUGGGAACGGGUCUUCUGCGGCUCCUUCUGCGCAUGGGCAGAACUUCGCAGGCCCUUCCAGGUUCUCCCGCUUACGGUGAGAGACGGUGCGGAACCUCCACGAUCCUGCAGCUAUACUUUCAGAGAUUUCAACAUUUUUCCAAGAAAGACCAGCAAAUUAUGAAGAAAUCCUAUGGAUCCUUAUCAUUUGAGGAUGUGACUGUGGGCUUCUCCCAGGAAGAGUGGCAGCACCUGGACCCUGCCCAGAGGACCCUGUACAGGGACGUGAUGCUGGAGAACUACAGCCACCUUGUCGCAGUGGGGUGCUGCGUCCCUAAACCAGACGUGAUCUUCAGGCUGGAACAAGGACAGCAGCCAUGGCUUAUAGAGGAAGAGUCCCUAGACCAGAGCUGCCCAGAAGUCUGCAGAGUUGAUAACCAACUAGAACAGAAUCAAGAAAUCCAGCACAGACAUUUCUGGCAGUCUCCAUUUAUCAACAACAAAACACUGACUGUACACAGAGGUAAUGUAUUAGGAAACAUUUUUAAUUUCAGCACGGACAGCAUUCCUUCCAUAAAAAUACCCUGUAAAUGUGACUCAUGUGGUAUGAAUUUGAAAUGUAUUUCAGAAUUAAUUAUUAAUAAGAAAAACUAUUUAAGUAAGAAGCCUGAUGACCUCAAUCCAUGUGGGAAAUUGUUCCUUCAUAGUAACCCUGAAAAAACUCAAAUGGGGGAGAAACCUUGUGAAUUCAUUCAGAAUCAAAAAUAUGUAAGUCGUAAUGAAGAUUUCAUUCCAUAUCAGAAAAUUAAAAAUGUACAACAAUGCUUAAUUCAAAGGAAUAAGGAAUAUGAGGAAUACGGGAAAGAGUUCCAUGAGAAGGCACUUGUCCCAUAUAACCAAACUUGUAUAGGAGAGAGUCCUUGUGAACAUAAUGAAUCUGAUAAAACGUUUUGUAAUAAUGCAACCCUCGUGGUCUGUAAGAUAGCACAAAGAAUGGAAAAUCUUCAUGAGUUUAAUGAAUACAGUAAAACAUUUGAGAAGUCCUCCCUCUUGAAACCUAGAGUUCAUUUAAAGGUGAAGGGUUAUGAGUACAUUGAUAGAGUGGUUAGUUUCAAUAGGAGAUCAGACUUCCCUGACACAGGAGAUAGAGUAUUUGAAUAUAACAACUUGGGAGAACCUUUCUGGGAGAAGUCCGUUCUUAAUAUAACUCCGAGAACACACAUAGGAGACAAAGUCCAUGAAUGUAACGAAUGUGGAAAAGCAUUCUGCAAAAAGUCAAAACUCACCAAACACCAGAAAAUACAUCCAAGAGAGAAACCAUAUGAAUGUAAGGAAUGUGGGAAAUGCUUCUCUCGGAAAUCCCUCCUCACUUUACAUCAAAGAAUCCACACAGGAGAGAAACCCUACGAAUGUAAGGCCUGUGGGAAAUGCUUCUCUAGGAGUUCACACCUCAUAAUUCAUCAGAGGACUCACACAGGAGAGAAGCCCUAUGAAUGUAAGGAAUGUGGGAAGUGUUUCUACCAUAAGUCCUAUCUCACGGUACACCAGAGGAUUCACACAGGGGAGAAGCCCUAUGAAUGUAACCAAUGUGGAAAAACCUUCAUAAGCAACUCAGUCCUCACAAUACAUCAGAAAACACACACAGGCGAGAAACCCUAUGAGUGUAAUCAGUGUGGGAAAUUCUUCUCCAGAAACUCGUACCUUACGGUACAUCUGAGAACUCACACAGGGGAGAAGCCCUAUGAAUGUGAGCUCUGUGGGAAAACCUUCUGUCACAAAUCAGAUGUCACGAAACAUGAGAAAACUCACAUAGGGGGAAAACCCUAUGGAUGUAAUCAGUGCGGGAAAACCUUUAGUCGUAACUCGGGCCUAAAAGUUCAUCAGAGAACUCACACAAAGGAGAAACCCUAUGAAUGUAACGAGUGUGGGAAAUCCUUUUCUGAGAAAUCAGUUCUCACAGUACAUCAGAGGAUACACACAGGCGAGAAACCUUACAAGUGUAAUGAAUGUGGGAAAACCUUCUACAAUAAAUCGGACCUCACUAAACACCACAGAACUCACACAGGUGAGAAACCCUAUGAAUGUAAGGAAUGUGGGAAAUUCUUCUCUAGGAAUUCAUACCUUACAGUACACCAGAGAAGUCAUACAGGGGAGAAACCCUAUGUGUGCAAGAAAUGUGGGAAAACUUUCUACCUUAAGUCAGACUAUACAGUACAUAAGAGAACACACAGAGGGGAGAAAUCCUAUCACUGUAAUCAGUGUGGGAAGACUUUCACUUGCGGUUCAGUCCUCAGAUCACAUCAGAGAACUCACACAGGUGAGAAGCCCUAUGAAUGUAACGAGUGUGGGAAAUCAUUUUCGGAGAAAUCUGUUCUCACCGUCCAUCAGAGGAUACACACAGGGGAGAAACCUUAUAAGUGUAACGAAUGUGGGAAGUCCUUCUAUCAUAAGUCAGAUCUCACUAAGCAUCAGAGAACACACACAGGAGAGAAACCCUAUGAGUGUAAGCAUUGUGGGAAAACCUUCAGUUGCAACUCAGGCCUCAAAGUACAUCAGAGAAGACACGUAAGAGAGAAACCCUAUGAAUGUAUUGAGUGCGAGGUAACUGCCAAGAAAUCAGUUAUCACAGCACAUCCAAGGUUACACACAGAGGAAGAAAACUAG